CCCAGCCUUGCCUCAGGUGUAGGGAUUUGCAAGGAGAAAAACAGAACUACACAGCUAAGAAACUGUGUGGUUUUGUUUUUGGGGGGUUAUUUGGGAGGCUCAACCGUUCUCACCUUGGAUUUUCUGGGAACAUUUCUGGAUAAAGAGAUAGGUGCUGAGGCUAUAGCCAUCUGGGCACUGUCCCAUCUGUUCAAGGCACCCUUGUGGAUACAAGGUGCCAUCCACAAUGUCAACACAGGCGCCAACAUUUACACAGCCGCUGCAGAGCGUUGUGGCACUAGAGGGUAGUGCCGCAACGUUCGAGGCGCAAGUUAGUGGUAAUCCAGUUCCUGAGGUGAGCUGGUUCCGUGAUGGCCAGGUUCUUUCCGCUGCCGCUCUGCCCGGCGCACAGAUCUCGUUCAGCGAUGGCCGCGCUGUUCUGAUGAUCCCUGCUGUGACAGCCGCACACAGUGGAAGAUUUUCUGUGAGAGCCACCAAUGGUGCUGGACAAGCCACUAGCACCGCUGAACUUCUUGUUACAGUGGAGACCGCACCACCCAACUUUAUUCAGAGACUUCAGAGUAUGACCGUGAGACAAGGAAGCCAAGUGAGACUGGAUGUUCGUGUUGCAGGAAUCCCUACACCUGUGGUAAAGUUCUACAGAGAGGGAGCUGAGAUACAGAGCUCUGCUGACUUUCAGAUUGUUCAAGAAGGAGACCUUUACAGUUUGUUGAUUGCCGAAGCCUUCCCAGAGGAUUCUGGAACUUACUCUGUAAAUGCUUCAAACAGCAGCGGACGGGCUACCUCCACUGCUGAACUGCUGGUUCAAGGUGAAGAGGUAGCAGUCCCUGCUAAGAAGACAAAGACUAUUAUGUCAUCAUCUUCUCAGAUGACGUCUUCUCAGACCCGCCAGACCAGAGAGGCCAGAAGAGUGGAGUCACAUUUCCAGUCCAGCUCUAUGAUGGAAAUGCGUGUUGAAGGUGGUGUAGUGACCCAGACAUUGGCACACAAGACCCCACCACGUGUGCCUCCAAAGCCAACCUCAACCUCCAAGUCCCCAACACCACCAUCUCUUGCAGCCAGGGUUGCAGGCGGACGUCAUCAGUCACCAUCACCUGUGAGACAUGUCAAGGCGCCCACUCCGGCCCCUGUCAGGUCUGCCUCUCCCACUUCUGCCUCAAGACUGUCUGUGUCACCAAUCAGACCAGUCAAAUCCCCACUGACCACACGCAAACAAGUAUCCCAUAGUCCAGAUGUGCCUCCACCAUGGAAGCAGGGAGAGGGAUUUGUGGCAGAGUCCAGCUACAGCAUGACCGCUGCCUCUAGUGCCAGUCAUGUCCAGACUUCUGCCACCCAUGUUCACAUGGAGCAGCACUGGGAGGGCUCUUAUGGAUUGAAAACGACUGGUGCUGCUGUAUCUGGUGUCGCUGUGAGAGAGGUUGUUGAAACAGCAGUUGUUCCAUCACCAAUGGAGGAGCCAACUGUGCCACCUACUCUUGUGGCUGGCUUGAAGAACGUGACUGUGACUGAGGGUGAAUCUGUGACUCUGGAAUGUCAGAUCACUGGUCACCCUGCCCCUGGCAUCAUGUGGUUCAGAGAGGACUACAGAAUUGAGAGCUCCAUUGACUUCCAGAUCACUUAUGAGAGUAAAUGUGCCCGUCUGGUCAUCCGCGAGGCCUUCGCAGAAGACAGCGGUCGCUUCACUUGCACUGCUACUAGCGAGGCUGGAACCAUCAGUACAUCCUGCUACCUGCUUGUCAAAGUGUCAGAGGAGAUUGAGAGCAGAGAGGACACUACUGUGUCUGAAUAUGUUGAAACUUCUGCAGAGCAUCAGAUUAGCAUUGGAGCCAAGGAGGAGACCAUGUCGGAGGUGAGCGCUGUUGCAGAGACUGUGGAAGCAGCUCCCUUCUUUGUCAAGAAGCCAACUGUGCAGAAGUUGGUGGAGGGCGGAAGUGUUGUCUUUGAGUGCCAGAUCGGAGGCAGCCCCAAGCCCCACAUUAUCUGGAAGAAGACUGGAGUACCCCUUACUACUGGAUACAGAUAUAAAGUGCACUACAAUAAGGAGAGUGGAGUGUGUAAAUUGGAGAUCUCCAUGACGUUUGCUGAUGAUGCUGGAGAGUACUCCAUCUUUGUCAAGAACCCGCUUGGAGAGGAGUCUGCCUCAGCCAGUCUGCUGGAGGAAGAGGAAUAUGAAGAAUACAUGAAGAAACAUGAAGUGACAUAUAAGACUGUAGUGACUACAAUGGUGCAAGAGUCUAAAGUGGCAGACGUACCAACUGUUGCUGUUAGUGCCUAUGAGACAGAACAGAGGAUGUACAUGCAUCACAGAAUGGCUCAGCAGGCCCAAGCGACACGCACCUUCAUCUCCGAGCAGGAACUCAAGGUUACUGUCGUUGAGGAGAGGGUUAUCCAUGAGAUUGAGGUCCGCAUCAUGCAGAUUACCUACCAACAAAUUGUGACUGAGGAUCGGGAAGAGAUGGUGACUGUGGCAGACCGUGAGGCUGUACAGUCAGCCUUUAGUACUCCAGUUAAAAACUACAGGAUCAUGGAAGGAAUGGGGGUCACUUUCCACUGCAAAAUGGCAGGAACUCCACUACCCAAGAUUGUAUGGUACAAAGAUGGCAAGCGUAUCCAUCAUGGCGGCCGUUACCAGAUGGAGAGUCUUCAUGAUGGUAGAGCCAGCCUGCGUCUUCCUGUGGUGCUGCCAGAGGAUGAAGGUGUUUACACAGCAUUAGCUAGCAACAUGAAGGGCAACUCUGUAAGCUCUGGGAAACUGUACGUGGUGCCCACUGCAGGAGCAGAAGCUCCACAGAUGCCUGAGUCACCGGCAAUGCAGAGAAUGAGGUCCACAUCCCCACGCUCUACAAGCCGCUCUCCCGGUCGCUCUCCCGGACGCUCUCCUGCUCGCAGACUUGAUGACACUGAUGAGAGUCAGCUGGAGAGACUGUACAAGCCUGUGUUUGUCUUGAAGCCACAGUCAUUCAAGUGUGCUGAAGGGCAGACUGCCAGAUUUGACCUGAAAGUAGUUGGUAGACCCAUGCCUGACACUUUCUGGUUCCACAAUGGACAACAAGUUGUCAAUGAUUACACCCACAAGAUAGUGGUGAAGGAAGAUGGAACUACGUCACUGAUUGUGGUUCCAGCCAUGCCCCAUGACUCUGGAGAGUGGACCGUGGUCGCUCAGAACAGAGCUGGAAGGACCUCUGUCUCCAUGACACUUACAGUUGAUGCCAAAGAAAACCUGAUCAGACCCCAGUUUAUUGAGAAGUUGAAGAACAUCAGUGUCAAGAAAGGCACUCUGGUUGAGUUGGCAGUCAAAGCCAUCGGAAACCCCCUGCCUGAUAUUGUUUGGCUGAAAAACAGUGACAUCAUCUCCCCAAUGAAGCACCCAAAUAUCAAGAUUGAAGGCACCAAAGGAGAGGCCAAAUUCCAGAUCCCCCAAACAGUAGGCACUGAUAGUGCCUGGUACACAGCCACAGCCAUUAACAAAGCUGGAAGAGAUACCACUCGCUGCAGGGUCAACAUUGAGGUGGAAACUGCUGAACCUGCACCAGAGAGGAGACUCAUUAUUCCCAAGGGAACAUACAAGGCCAAGGAAAUUGCAGCUCCAGAGUUGGAAUCCCUGCAUCUCCGUUAUGGUCAAGAGCAGUGGGAGGAGGCUGACCUAUAUGACAAGGACAAGCAGCAGAAACCGCAGUUUAAGAAGAAGCUGACUUCUGUCAGGCUGAAGCAUUCUGGUGUUGUCCACUUUGAAUGCAGACUGACCCCUAUUGGUGAUCCCACUAUGGUGGUUGAGUGGUUGCUUGAUGGCAAACCCCUGGCAGCUGCUAACAGGUUGCGUAUGGUUAAUGAAUUUGGCUACUGUAGUCUUGACUUUGAAGUUGCCUAUGCCAGAGACAGUGGUGUCAUCACCUGCAGAGCCACUAACACGUUUGGUGCCGAUCAGACCUCGGCUACACUGAUUGUAAAGGAGGAGAAGAGCAUGGUGGAGGAAACUCAGUUACCUGAGGGCAGGAGGGGACUACACAGAAUUGAUGAGAUGGAGCGCAUGGCUCACGAAGGAGGUCCUUCUGGAGUCACUGCAGAUGAGUAUUCAGAGAAGACAAAGCCUGAAAUUGUCCUUCUUCCUGAGAAUGCAAAUGUGCAGGAAGGUGAAAUUGCAAGGUUCCGUUGCAGAGUAACUGGUUAUCCUACACCUAAGGUCAACUGGUACCUCAAUGGGCAGCUCAUUCGCAAGAGCAAGAGAAUGAGACUUCGCUAUGAUGGCAUUUACUAUCUUGAGAUUAUCGAUAUCAAGUCAUACGAUGCAGGAGAUGUCAAAGUGUUAGCAGAGAACCCUGAGGGCACAGCUGAGCAUCUGGUGAAGCUGGAGAUCACACAGAAAGAGGACUUCAGAUCUAUUCUUCGUCGUGCACCAGAGCCUAAGGCCCCAGAGCCUAGCACCAUGGCUGAACAUGGCAGAGUUUCCUUUGAUGUGGUUAAGGUUGAAAAACCAACUGCCAUCAAAGAAACUAAAGAGGUAGUGCAACUAAAGAAGACCGAAAGAGUCAUCCAUUCAAAAGCCACAGAGGAGACAGACGAGUUGAAGGGCAAAUUUAAGCGCAGGACAGAGGAAGGUUAUUAUGAAGCCAUCACUGCUGUGGAGCUCAAGUCUCGUAAGAAGGAUGAGUCCUAUGAGGAUAUGCUUAGGAAGAGGAAGGAAGAACUGCUUCACCAUCAAAAAAUGUUGUCUGAGGCUGAGAAGAAAAAAGAGGAGGAACGCAAGGUUCAUGUUCCCUCAAUUAAACCAGAGAGAGUAAAGCUCUCUCCCAGCAUGGAAGCUCCAAAGAUCAUUGAACGCAUUGCUAGUCAGACCGUGUCUCAGAUGGAAGAAGUUCACUUCAGAGUCAGAGUUACCGGUAGACCAGACCCUGAGUGCCAGUGGUUCAAGAAUGGAAUUCUGUUGGAGAAAACAGAUCGCAUUUACUCAUUCUGGCCUGAAGACAACGUAUGUGAAUUAGUGAUCAAAAAGGUCACAGCAGAAGACUCUGCUAGCAUCAUGGUCAAAGCCAUGAACAUUGCUGGAGAGACUUCAAGCCAUGCAUUCUUAUUGGUGCAAGCAAAGACAGUCAUCACCUUCACACAAGAACUAGAAGAAACCAACGUGAAAGAGAAAGAAACCAUGGCGACCUUUGAGUGUGAGACCAAUGAGCCUUUUGUUAAAGUCAAAUGGCUGAUGAACAAUGCUGAGAUUUUCUCUGGAGACAAAUACAGGAUGCACUCAGACAGAAAGGUUCAUUUCCUUUCUGUACUGAUUAUCAGCAUGAAGGACGAUGCAGAAUACAGUUGUGCUGUUAUUGAAGAUGACCACAUCAGGACCACUGCCAGACUCAAUGUGGAAGGUGCUCCACUGUCAAUUGUGAAGAGGCUGGAGAACAUUGAGGUGCCUGAGACCUACUCUGGGGAGUUUGAGUGUGAAGUGUCUCGAGAGGAUGCUGAAGGUGUAUGGCAUUUUGAGAACAAUGAGCUCACUCCCAGCAGCAAGCAUGCCAUCUCCUCCCGCCGUGGACGCCACAGUUUAUCUGUGAAAGAUGUAAAGAAAGAGGACCAGGGAAAAUAUACAUUCACCACGGGUGAAUUCAAGACUAGUGCCUCCCUGAAAAUGAAACUGCGCCCUGUGACCCUGUUGCAUCCCCUCUCUGAUAUGACAAUCUGUGAGGGUGACAUAAGCCAGUUUGAGGUGCGAUUCUCUCAAGAAGAUGUUGAGGGCACUUGGAUGAAGAAUGGUGUUGCCAUUGAAGCUUCGGAUCGCAUCCACAUGGUUAUUGACAAGCUCAUCCAUAAACUUCUCAUAGAGGAUACAGGCAGGCUUGAUGGUGGAAUGUACUCCUUUGUAGUUCCUGCUCAGGACAUUUCCACCACUGCAAAGCUGACUGUUCAAACGAUUAGCAUCUUGGCCCCACUCAAAGAUAUUACAUCAGUUGAGGGCACCAAGGCUGUUAUGGAGGCUAAAAUCUCUGCUGCAGAUAUUAGCUCAAUUAAGUGGUUCCACAAUGACAAGCUUGUGAUACCCAGUGAGAGAAUCCAGAUUGUUCCAAAGGGAUCCAAGCAGCGUCUGGUGUUCAAUAGGACCUUCGCCUCUGAUGAAGGAACCUACAAGCUAUGUGUUGGCAAAGCUGACUCUAGCUGUAAACUGAUGGUCCAAAAAAUUUCAAUUGUGAAGCAAAUGGAGGAUCAAGUUUGCACAGAGACACAGCACGUCACAUUUAAUGUGGAGGUGUCACACCCUGGCAUUGAUGGUAUCUGGACCUUCAAGAAACAACAUCUGAAAAAUGAUUCCAAGUACAAGAUAGUGACCAAGGGCAAGAACCACAGUAUGACUGUCAUUAAUGCCAUGAAGGAUGAAGAGGGGCAAUACACAUUCGCUGCUGGUGAACAGAUAUCCAGCGCAAAGCUUACAGUGUCAGGUGGCGCUAUAUCCAGACCGCUGCAUGACAUCAUUGUGGCUGACUCUCAGACAGCUGAAUUUGAGUGUGAGGUGGCCAACCCAACUGCUGAGGGCAAGUGGCUGAAGGAUGGACAGCCUUGUAACUUUGGUGAAAAUGUCAGGAGUGAGAAAAAUGGAGCUGUCAGACGUCUUGUUAUUGUCAUCACCAGACCCCAGGACAUCGGUGAAUACACUUACCAGAUUGCAAACUCCAAGACAACAGCAAACCUGAGAGUUGAGGCUGUGAAAGUCAAGAAGACCCUGAAGAACCAAACCGUCACUGAAACACAAGAAGCAGCAUUCAUUCUGGAGCUCACCCAUGAGAAUGUGAAGGGCUCACAAUGGAUUAAGAAUGGUGUAGAGAUCCAACCUAGUGAGAAAUAUGAAGUCACCGUUGAUGGCAUGGUCCACACCUUGAAGAUCAAGAACUGCACCAUACACGAUGAAUCAGUUUAUGGAUUCAAACUUGGAAAACUAUCUGCUAAUGCCAGAUUGAAUGUUGAGGCUAUUACUAUAACGAAGAAGCCUAAAGAUGUGACAUCACUAUUGGAUGCCACUGCCUCUUUUGAGCUGAGCCUGUCUCAUGAUGACAUCCCUAUCAAAUGGAUGUUCAAUAACGUUGAGCUUAAACCAAGUGAAAACAUCAAAAUGCUGUCUGAGAGAAAAGCUCACAAGCUGAUCAUCCAGAAUGUGGAUGACCAAAAGGCAGGAGAGUACACUGCUAUGGUCGGACAUGUGCAGUGCAGUGCUCAUUUAUAUGUUGAAUCUCUGCGUGUCACAAAACCCAUCAAGAACAUUGAAGUCCCAGAGACCCAGGUGGCCACUUUUGAAUGCGAAGUGUCACAUUUCAAUGUCCCAUCCACCUGGCUGAAGAAUGGAGUGGAGAUUGAAAUGAGUGAAAAGUUCAGGAUUGUGGUGCAGGGCAAACUUCACCAGCUCAAGAUCAUGAACACUGGCAGUGAAGACUCUGCAGAAUAUACCUUUGUCUGUGGAAAUGACAGAGUCUCUGCAACUCUGAAAGUUAGCCCCAUUUUGAUCACCUCCAUGCUGGAAGACCUCAAUGCACAGGAGAAAGACACCAUCACAUUUGAAGUGAAUGUCAACUAUGAGGGCAUCACCUACAAGUGGCUGAAGAAUGGUGUUGAGAUUCGCUCCACUGACAGAUGCCAGACCCGCACCAAACAGCUAACUCACUCUCUCACCAUCCGAAAUGUUCAUUUUGGUGAUGGUGCAGAGUACAAGUUUGUUGCUGGCUCUGCUGCAACUACAGCCAGCCUAUAUGUUGAUGCACGCGUUAUUGAAUUCACCAAGCACAUCAAAGAUAUCAAGAUCACAGAGAAGAAGAGGGCCACUUUUGAAUGUGAGAUCUCUGAGCCUAAUGCUCAGGUGACGUGGAUGAAAGAUGGACAGGAGCUGGAAAUGUCUGAAAGAUACAAAGUCUCCACUGAGAAAUUCUUGCACCGUCUGAUGAUCCAGUCAGUCCGCCUGUCUGAUGCUGCAGAGUAUUCUGUGGUCGCUGGUGCAAGCAUGUCAAAGGCUCAUCUCACCGUGGAGGGGCGUGACAUCCACAUCACAGAACCCGAGGAGAAAGAAUUCACGGUUGUUGAGAAACAAAAAGCGUCGUUUGAGUUUGAAGUCAGUGAGGAUGACGUUGAAGGUCGCUGGCUGAGGAACGGUGCUGAGAUCCAGUUCAACCUUGACGAUAGGCUCCACUACAUUGCCAUUAGAAAGGUCCAUCGCAUGACCAUCUCUGAAACCUAUAGAAGUGAUGCAGGGGAGUACACCUUCAUCGCCGGCAAGAACAGGGUCGUGGUGACUCUACAUGUCAAUAUCCCUGAGCCACCUCAGAUAAUUCGCGGCAUGCAGGCCCUGUCUGUGGAGGCCGGCAAACCUGCUCGCUUCUCUGUGGAAGUGACUGGCGUCCCCCAGCCCCAGGUGUUCUGGUACAAGAACUCCCAGGCUCUCUCCCCUGGCUUCAAGUGCAAGUUCCUGCGUGAAGGAAAUGAGCACACUCUGCUUCUCAUCGAAGUCUUCCCAGAGGACGCAGCCUUGUACAACUGCGAGGCCAAGAAUGACGUUGGGCUUGCCACCAGCUCAGCACCACUCAAUGUGGAAGUUUCAGAAGUCGUUUCUCCUGACACUGGAUCUCCACUGUCCAAGCCUGUGAUCAUAACACCAAUGAACAACACCUCAGUCAAUGAGGGAGAGGCUGCUAGGUUCCAGUGCAGAAUCUCUGGUGAAGAUCUAAAGAUCUCUUGGUACGUCCACAAGAAAGAGAUCCGACAGUCCGAUGCCUUCAGGAUGUCUCAGUUCGAUGACACCUGCCAGCUGGAGAUUUCCAGAGUGUACCCCGAGGAUGAAGGGGAAUACACCUGUGUUGCCAGAAACUCAGCAGGAAUGGUCACUUGCGCGGGAUAUCUAGCACUUGAAGUGGUUGAAAAGGAGGUGGAGAAAAAGGAAAAGGAAGUCAAAGUGCCACCGGUUUUCAGGUACAAAAUCCAGCCCUUGGAGAUCAAUGUUGGCAGCCAGGCCAAGUUCGAAUGUGAGAUUGAAGAUGCACCAAAUGUGCAGUUCAAGUGGUUCAAGUCUGGCACUCCUAUCAAAGAGAGUCCAAAUUGCAGGAUCAUCAGUCGGCAACUGAUAUCUUCAUUGGAGCUUCUGAGCCCAACCAAAGCUGACAGUGGUGAAUAUACCUGCAAGGCUACAAACCAGAAUGGCAGUGACACCUGUGCUGCCAAACUCAACAUAACUGAGCGCAAAAUCUCCCCCAACUUCACCAAGAAGCCUGCAGAGACAAUGGAAGAUACAGAGGGUCAUUUGGUGAAGAUUGAGGGUCGUUUAUCUGGAUCUCAACCCAUUGACAUCGUUUGGUCCAAGAAUCACAGUGAAAUUCACGCCUCUGAUAAGUACGAAAUGGAAUUCAAGAGCAACGUGGCCAUGCUGUAUAUCAAGAGCUCCCAACUCUCAGACAGUGGUGCGUAUACCUGCACAGCCACCAAUGAAGCUGGCAGUGCCUCCUACCAAGUGUCACUUAACAUUUCAGAACACAAGAAGGGCCCUGUAUUCGACAUCCCUCUCAAUCCUGUGACUGUAAAUGAGGGUGAGAACCUGAAGCUUAGCUGCCAUGUCCAUGGAGCCCCUCCUCUGAAGAUUAAUUGGUUGAAGGACAGGAAGGAGAUAAAAUCCUCCACAAACUGCAGAGUUGUUUUUUCUGAUGGCACUGCCUCUUUGGAGGUCCUCCGCACAUCGAAAACAGAUGCAGGGGACUAUCUCUGCAAGGCUACCAACGAUGUUGGAAGUGAAUUUGCAAGGUCCAGAGUGACAAUUAGAGGAAAAGAAGUCAAACCUGAGGCCGCUGCUGCAGCCCCAGCUCCAGCAAAGACUCCAACAAAGAGAUUCGACAACUUGUUCUUUGUAGAUGAGCCCCAGAGUGUCAAUGUAACAGAGAAGGGCACUGCAACUUUCAUUGCCAAAGUUGGAGGUGAUCCUAUUCCUAACGUGAAAUGGAUGAAGGGCAAGUGGAGGCAGAUCACUCAUGGUGGACGCAUCACUAUUGAGCAGAAAGGCCCAGAUGCCAAGUUGGAGAUCACAGAAAUAACUAAAUCUGACUCCGGACAGUACAGAUGUGUCGCAACUAACAAAGCUGGAGAAAUAGAAUGCAGCACCGACCUGAAUGUUGACGAAAGGAAAGGCACUGGGGGAGGAGAUGGAGACUUCAGAGCAAAACUGAAGAAGACACCAUCCAAACAGAAAAGUCCAAAGAAGGAGGGAGAGAUUGACCUCGUGGAGAUUCUUAGGGGUGUGGACCCCAAAGACUAUGAAAAAGUUGUUAGAGAAUACGGAAUCACUGACUUCCGUUGUCUUCUUCAGGCCAUUGAGCAGCUGAAGAGAGAGAAAGAAGCGGAAAGUGGAAAACCGGAAACUGAGCAUGGAGGAGGAUCUAAGGAUACGGCCAAGUUUAUGGCUGAGUUGCAAUCAAGAAUGCAGGCUGAGCCUGUCACUCUGGUGAGCGACAUUGAAGACCAAGAUACCACUCCAUUAAGCACAGCAACCUUUGAGUGUGACAUCAAGAUCAACUACCCUGAGAUCACCCUGUCCUGGUACAAGGGAACUCAGAAGCUUGACAACGAUGACAAAUAUGAAAUCAGCAUUGUUGGUGACCGUCACAUCUUGAAGAUCAAGCAGUGUCAAACCAAAGACCAGGGAAACUACCGUGUUGUAUGUGGCCCACAUAUCUCCAGCGCCAAAUUGACCGUUGGGGAUGGAGAUCAACAAGGAGAAAGGAUACCCGUUGAUGAAAGUGUUUCCAAAACUCAAGUGGGAACAAGAGAAGGAGUACCUAAAGGUAUUGACACGAGACAGCUUAUGACAGUACGCUUAUGGCUGUGAA